UGACCAGUGACUCCCGCGUAAAAUGGUUCUACCGUGACCAUCAAGUGUGAUAGGUCUGUUAGCAACGCCCAGGUGACUUGAGACAGAUCGAGGCGCACCGGUCUUUCAAGCGACGACAUGCUGCAGUAUCGAUGGAUGUCUCUCUCGUAUUCUCAGGCCUAGCCGAGUCCGUCAUGUCUCCCUUUUGCUCGCGCGAGACUGGCGUAAAACCUUCCACGUGUUUACACCCCUUUUGUAUAUCUCGAUCGCGACUGGUUCUUAUUGUUUCAUCUAUCGUUCUCCAAGGGGUCCUUUGUUCCUCGUUCGACCUAUCCUCGAAGGACUUUCCUCCCCCACGUUGCGCUGCCGCUGAAGCUGAGCGGUCUCGAUGAACCGCUGAGAUCCUCGGCCUUCUCGACCUGCCACUGUGUCAUGCGCACAUUCUAGUUCUCACGAAUUCUGUUCGAUGGCUCCAAGCUCUUCCUGAAAUUCGACAUCCGCUGCUCAAUGCGAUUAAAACGCGAUCUGCUGUCGGGAGCCAGGCGUGGUGAAGACGAUACUGUAAAAUAACCUCUCUGAAGAGAAUCCCGGAAGCACUCGGCAAUCAUGUUCUUGUCCCUUUCAAGCACACUCCACUUGCCCCAUAACGUCAUCGGUCGCUGGCACCUAUAUAGAGGCCAGCAUCCACGUCGCGCUCAAGACACUGCCCCACGACUCUUAACGCCUCCGACAUCAUGAUUCCGUUCGGAUUUUUCACGCCCUUUCUCCUGUUUGUCGCGUUUCUUCUCCUGCUGCUCGUCACACUUUCUGUGCCGAUCAUCAAAACCAUUUUCCUCUGGCGUCUAUCAGUAGGCGCCUCUUCAGGCCUGCUCAACAGCUCUGUCGCCGACUCUGUCACGUUUGGAGUUUGGGGCUACUGCACUACUGGUGCCUCAGUCUCCGUUGUCGGAAUCCACCAUAACACCGCUGCAGAGUGUUCGCCGCAUCAUCUCGGAUACACCUUUGACGGUCCCGUCUCGCAAGCGCUUCACGUGAGCGGGAUUGAAAACACCAUCUCCCGCAGCCUGACUGGUGCCCUGGCGCUGAAUAUCGUGGUGGUCGUUCUGACAUUCAUCACGCUGCUCAUUUCCUUGUUUAUGCUCCGGCGUGGUCGAAACGGCACUUCGCGACUGCCGUCACUGUUGGCGCUCGGAGCGGGGCUCUUGACCGCAUUGUUGACAACAAUCUUAUUUUUGAUCGACGUCAUCCUUGUCGCAUUGGUUAGAAAUCGCGUCAAGAAAGACACUGAUGGAGCAGUCAAUCUGAAUUGGGGCAACGCCGUGUGGAUGACACUCGCCGCAACAGUGCUGCUCUGGAUUGCCACGGUCGGUGCUUGUGCUGGUGUGUGUGGUGGAAACAGACGGCGCGUGUCGGAGAAUGAGAAGUAUUAAGGACUGAUGACGAUACCCUGUUAUGUAUUUCUUCCCAAUGUACCUGUGGACAAUCCUGUGUCGAUCUCCUUCGAUGAUCCUCGCAAAGCUAGACUCGCGAAGUACUACCACAUCUGAGAAGAGAAGCAGCGACGUGCUCAAGCCGUGGCUUUCGAGAAUUUCCGCGAUGGGCGCAGGCCCUUGGCUUUCAUCCUCCGUCUUUUAGCAUCUGCCCAGUCGUCAGCGUUGGUGAUCAGAUCCAGAAAGAACGCCUGCUGACCCUGGAGAUAAGGUUCAUCCUCCUCAGGAUCGAAGCCAACUUGCUCAUCGAUGACCGGAUUUUCGACAGUUCCGUCUUCGGCAAUGACUUCAACCGUGCCGCCAUCGUCUUCGUCAACCGCUUUCGACCGCUUGGCACGCUUCUCGACUUUGAAUUUGGCCACGAAAAAGCCAUCCAUGUUGUGCACAUGCGGAUAAAACCGCCGGGUCAGAGAAACACUCGAAUGGAAAGUCUUUCCCCGGAAACGGGUGAAACCAGGCACACCGAACCCCAGCCCUGUUUCAACUAGCUGCACGUUCGGUCGCUUGCGAAGCGCAUAGUCAACCACAGCCUCGUUUUCGUCGACCAUAACGGAACAGGUCGAGUACACAAGGUAACCACCCGUCUUGGACUCGGGGCUAACACUGUCGAUCGCGCAAAGGAUAAGUUGCUUUUGGAGAUGCGAGAGAAGGGUGAAAUCCCG